CACUCCCCCCGGUUGGACUUGCUCGAACCAAUGGGCAAAACGGCAAAUGAAUGUCCGAAUAUCCGCCCACGUUCGUAACCACCGCCUUCUGUUCCCAACCCGAAAACGACAAAUUCUCAUUUCUCAACUCAGUUACAUUUCCGAUGGCACUCCUCUUCCUCUUCUCGGGUCCUUCCGAUUCCCUCUCUGACUCUUAAACCCCAAAAUCAUCGUUUACUCCGGGGCAUCUCUUGCGCUCCACAUCGUCCGUUUCCGUUGCAGAGCUCUCCCCCCUCGAUACUCUGCCGGGGAAGCUUCAGAAGAGGCAGAAAUGGCGGCGGCCCUCUCUUCUGCUGCUGUUAUCGCAACAUCAUCUUCAUCCUCCCCGGCGGCGACCAUUAGGAGCCCUUUUGGUCCUUUCGGCUCGAGAGGCCCUUUUCGCCACAAUACGCUCUCUUUACAUGGUCAUCAUCUUAGCAGAAAAUGGUCUCCAGUUAGAGGGACACUUUUAGAGGACAAUGAGAUGAAGGUGGCAGUCGAGGAUUCUUUUCAAUCUAAGAGCUUUGUCCCCGAUAAGGACGGUAGGGGUGACAGCAACGGAGAUUCUCCUAGUUCUUCUACCAGUGCCAUGGAGAGUUGGACUAUCAAACUUGAACAGUCCAUCAAUGUCUUUCUUACGGACACUGUGAUUAAGAUACUUGAUAGUUUGUACCAUGAUCGUCAUUACGCAAGGUUCUUCGUUCUCGAGACCAUUGCACGUGUUCCUUAUUUCGCUUUUAUGUCGGUUUUACAUAUGUAUGAGAGCUUCGGUUGGUGGAGAAGGGCAGACUAUCUGAAAGUGCAUUUUGCAGAGAGCUGGAACGAAAUGCACCAUUUGCUCAUCAUGGAAGAACUAGGGGGAAAUGAUUGGUGGUUUGAUCGUUUUCUCGCCCAACACAUUGCAAUCUUUUAUUACUUUAUGACUGUCUUCAUGUACACCAUAAGCCCACGAAUGGCAUAUCAUUUUUCAGAGUGCGUAGAGAGCCAUGCUUAUUCAACUUAUGACAAGUUUAUCAAAGACCAAGGAGAUGAAUUGAAAAGGUUACCUGCACCUGAAGUUGCUGUGAAAUACUACACUGGAGAUGACUUGUACUUAUUUGAUGAAUUUCAAACCUCCAGACCUCCUGAGUCUCGAAGACCAAAAAUAGAGAAUUUAUACGAUGUGUUUGUGAACAUAAGAGACGAUGAAGCUGAGCACUGUAAGACAAUGAGAGCCUGUCAGACUCGCGGGAAUCUUCGAUCUCCCCAUUCUUGUGUUGCUGAAGAUGAGUCUGAGUGCAUUCUUCCUGAGGCAGAUUGUGAAGGUAUUGUAGACUGCAUUAAGAAAUCUGUGAGCUCUCCAGAGAAAUUAAGUCAACGAUGAGAAGUAUUUUUCGACUUUGAGGUUUGUUUUUCUUUAUACUGCUUUUAUUAUUUUUCCUUUUCCUUUUAAUGGUAAAAUAUUUGUAUACAGGAAUAUCAUAUAUAGACAGAUUAAAUAAUGCAAUCUUUCCUAUUUCCUUGCUCGAAAGUCUUUGUGCCUAUGUGAGACUAGUAUAGACCCGUGACAUACAUAAAUUGAAAUUCUGUUGAUUAAUAUUUAAUUUAAAGAUAUAAUAAUGUACUCC